UUUUUUUAGGACGACAUCAACCUGAUGAAGGACAUGAAGCUGAAUCAUUACCGUUUCUCCAUCUCCUGGCCGCGGAUUUUACCGAGCGGAGUGAAAAGCGAACACAUCAAUGAAAAGGGAAUCAAAUAUUAUGAAGACCUGAUCAACAUGCUGCUGGACAAUAAGAUCACACCCAUUGUGACUCUGUACCACUGGGAUUUACCACAGGUCUUACAGGAGAAAUACGGCGGCUGGCAGAACGUCUCCAUGGUCAACUACUUCAAUGACUUCGCCAACCUUUGCUUCGAGAGAUUUGGGAACAAAGUGAAGUACUGGAUCACAUUCAACAACCCCUGGUCCAUCGCUGUGGAGGGAUAUGAGACGGGGGAGCACGCACCCGGACUGAAGCUGAGGGGAACGGGAGCGUACAAAGCUGCUCACCACAUCAUCAAGGCUCACGCUAAAGUUUGGCACACUUACGACAUGCAGUGGAGAAGCAAACAGAAAGGCCUGGUUGGGAUCUCGUUAACGGCUGACUGGGGGGAACCGGUGGACAUCACCAACCAGAGAGACAUCGAGGCAGCAGAGAGAUACAUCCAGUUCUACAUGGGAUGGUUCGCGACUCCCAUCUUCCACGGAGACUACCCCCAGGUUAUGAAAGACUACAUCGGUAGGAAGAGCGGCCAGCAGGGCCUGGGAGCGUCUCGGCUGCCCGUCUUCUCGCCUCAGGAGA